AAUGCCUCUUUGCUUGACAUCAUGGAGUACGCAAAGUAUCUUUGUAUCCUGCAACACCACCCAGACAGAAUACCAGCUACAGAAACUACACACACAGCUGCGGGAGAGGACUGUACACAUCAACCAACUGGAGAGAGGGGAAAAGAGCAGCAGUCUCCGGCACUUUAAAACUACUCUGGACUUGAAUAAGAGGGACACCCAUAGGCGUUGGAGUCUCAGAGAGCUGGAUCGGAGCAACCUAAGGAGCUAGAGGAUCAAAUCUAAAUGGCAGUUAACGGAGGACAUGAAUAAGGUUCAGGGUGAGCUGAGUGAGCGAGAGCAGCAGAUGCUGCGUAUACGGAGAGACAGCGUCACGAAGGCCUUCCAGCUCUCCAAGAUGGAGAAGAUGCUAGCCGAGACCAGAGGAAAGCUGGACAAGAAGCCUGAGCCUGGUACGGAAAGUAAAGGACGGGACACCCGGGACGACAUGGUCCAGGACCUGGAGGAUAAGGUGCGUUUCACCAGGAGAGACAGGAGGAACUCCCUGCACCGCACCCAGCUGCUGGAGAGCCAGAUGAAGACUGUGAAGGGAGAGCUGGUGGACACACUGGACCACCUGCAGGAGCUGCGAGACAGGCUGAGACGCUCACAGGCUAACGCAGAGCAGCGCAAAGUUGACAUGGAGAAACUGCAAGCAGGGAUGAGGUGAGCCAACAACCCCAAUGGUUCUGGCCCAAUGUGCAGGGGCAGAGGCUCCUUCAGUCUUCUCCUAUGCCCACAACCACUUGGUUCUUGGUACUUUGGCCUCCCUUGGUACCUGCUUCAUUCUUUUUCACCAAUGGGGCCAGAACACCUCAAUCUUGACGACAAAGCUGAAUCCUAAUACUUUUUAAAACUGUAACAAAUGUAUAUUGCCUCUUUACAGUUUGUAAUACUCCCAAAUCUUUGGAAAUACUUAUCUACUUUGUUCUUACUCCGUUUUCACUUCCCACGAACUGCUUUUGUGACUUGGUUGUUGUUAGGGAUUGAUAAACACUUGUAUUAUGUUAGCUCCUAUUCACAGCACUGUAUUUCCUGUCCGUGUUGUGUGGAAACUCAGAGCCAGACCAGAAUGUCAAUUACCGAAUAAAAACUGUGCUACAAUCCAACGGGAAAGAAGCAAAAAAUAUAACUGUAGUUAACUGUUUUUAACUUGUCUUAAAUUGAGAUACUUGUGCAUCACCGUGUUGCUUGUGUUGUGUUGUAUUGUGUUGUAUUGUGUUGUAUUGUCAAGGGUUGCCAAAGGUUACUAUGUACAUAAAUACAUUUUCCAGGUGACAAAACUGAACCUCUCUGAGACCAAUGAUGGCUGAUAAACAACACUGACCCCCCCCCCCCACAUCGUCAUAUGUCACUUGGAGGCAGUGGUCAGUGAAACUGGUUCUGGGGUGUCUGUUGGUGCUGUUUCAAACGCACAUUUUGUGAAACAGCAGCAGCCCAUGAAUAUGGUGUAACAAAGUUGAACUUGUGAUAUUUUGUUUUAUAAGGUCAAGUAUCAGUGACCUCAUUACAUUCUUGCCUGCCCUCCAGUUCCUAUUCAUACAGUAUGAAAAGAAAACAGCUAGUAUCAUGUCUGUUUUAUUGGGGGAUUUUCCAUGCUGAAAUUAAGCAGUCCCUGUUUCAAUUGAAAAUAUUUUAGUGCCAAGAUGUAAGUUCAGCCAAGAUGUAGCACUACUUGUAUUAUAAGAUGAAAGGCACACAUUCAUUCAUUUUUUUUGUCAGACCGAUUAUAAAUGGGUGACUUGGCAACCUCUUCUCUUUCUGUGUCUUGUCACAUGGGAUGUGACCACUGAACUGGACAAGUUGCUAUGGAAACUAUGGUAUUAUCAGCUAUCUUACCACAGUUACUUUGAGUACACUGCAGAGAGCUAUGGAAGCUACCCGCAAAAGCAGCAGUCUGCAAUGUAUUACAUGUGAAUUAAAAUGUAAAAUGUU